CUUUUAACUUUACCACUCACAAGAUAAAGACGACAGAGAGGCUAUAAAGCUCGUUUAACAAUCCCGCGAAAGUGAAUCCUAUUAACAAAACAGAGAAAUUAUUCUCCACAAAUUGUAGAUUUGUAGUUAAAGUUCGUAUCUUUUCCAAGAUUUCUCUCCACUUUAUCCCUUCUCUUCUCUUUUCUUUUGCCCUCCUCAGAAAAUAGCCAGCACUCUAAAAAGAUGGUGGCGGUGGUGGAAUCUAAUGGUAAUUCAGGUGGAAACGAAGCUAAUAACGUUUUGAAUGGAAUAACAACAGCAGCAGCAGCAGCAGUUUCAAGAACAAGCAGUGGUUUCUUGUCUUCAACAACAAUGUUAGACGAGCCUUGUAUUUCUUGCACGACUUUUAAUAUUCUGGCUCCAAUCUACAAGCGACUCGAUCAUCAAAAUCAAAGCAUUCGUGAAAGCGAUUUCAGGGCUUUCUGGUUUACCAGAAACCAGAGGAUUCUGGAUUGGUUGCUUUAUGAAAGAUCUUCCAUUAUUUGUCUCCAGGAAUUCUGGGUUGGCAAUGAAGAGCUUGUGCGUAUGUACGAGGAGAGGCUUGGUGAUGCAGGAUACAUCACCUUCCAGCUUGCUCGUACCAAUAAUCGUGGUGACGGCCUGCUAACUGCUGUGCAUAAGGACUACUUUACGGUUCUAAAUUAUCAAGAAUUGCUCUUCAAUGACUUUGGAGAUCGUGUUGCUCAGCUGUUGCAUGUUCAGUCUGCUGUGCCCCUUUUGCAAUGCCAAACAGGCGAUGUACAACAAGAAUUUCUUAUUGUAAACACCCACUUGUUAUUUCCUCAUGACUCCAGUCUAUCUAUUGUGAGAUUACAUCAGGUUUAUAAGAUACUACAGUAUGUGGAAACAUAUCAGAGAGAUAACAAAUUAAGCCAUAUGCCCAUCAUUCUCUGUGGUGAUUGGAAUGGGAGCAAGCGUGGGCAUGUUUACAAAUUCCUUAGGUCCCAGGGGUUUGUUUCAUCAUAUGAUAUUGCUCAUCAAUAUACUGACAGUGAUGCAGAUGCUCACAAGUGGGUGAGCCACAGAAAUCACAGGGGUAAUAUAUGUGGUGUUGAUUUCAUAUGGCUUCGCAAUCCUAAUAAAUCAAAGAAACCACUAAAGACAAGUUGGUAUGAAGCAGUAUUUGGCAUAAUAAAGUGUCAGCUUCUGAAAGCUUCAUUGACCGAAAAUGAUGCAUUUGCAUUUUUAAAGGCUGAUGAGCCUGGUGAUUUCAUAACAUAUUCAGCCUUCUGUGAAGGACUCCGGCAGGUAAAUUUGAUUGGUCUUCCUUAUGGGCUGAGUUUCCAGCAAACAAAAGAUCUAUGGAUCCGAGCAGAUAUUGAUGGCAAUGGCAUUGUUGAUUAUGAAGAAUUCAAGGAGAGGAUAUGGAACUCGUCCUGUCCAGAGCAAGAGGAGCAAUGCCCUGGAAGUAUAGAGGACCCUGAACAGGGCAAAGAAGAAGGAGAAGGGGCAAUAGGUUUUGCAGUAAAGAAUGCAGUUCUUUUCCCCCGUGAAGCAGAGAAAGGGUUGUGGCCUGAGAACUACUCUCUUUCAGAUCAUGCUCGACUCACUGUUGUGUUCUCACCUGUAAGAAUGCAUAGCUCUCAGCAAAUCUUUUAGUCGACACUGGUGCGCUUGUUGGAUCAAACUAGCACAAAAAUGAUGUGUAAAGUAGAAUCCAAAAUUUUGUAAAUGAGAAAAAGGAAAAGAAAAAAAAAGAGAAAAAGAAAAUGUGAAUAGCUCAUAUAGAUUGUCCUAGAGAAAUGAAGAUUUUCCUGGUAAAAAUUCAAUUGCUAGUUGUGGGAAGAGUCUCAGCCGAAUUUUUCAGGCGGUGUUCGAAUUGUAACCUGAAAUUCUUAACAAAAACCUUGACAGAAAGGGCAUAAGGUAGAGACUUAACAAAUGAUGUCACGCUGACAAGUCUGUUGUUUUGACUGGGUUGAUUAUGCUUCUCAUUUCCUCCAAA